AUGAGGACAAGUGUAACCUCAUCUCUUUGGCUGAAUGUGUUCUACUACUGCCAGAUUGUUCCUGCUCAGCACUCUGUCUUCAUCUAUUUGAAGAGAAACAUCCGAUUCUUCAUAUACUCAUCUAUGAUAGCAGAGAAAUUUUUUUUACUGUUUGGAUUCUCUGAAAAUAUUGCAAAGAGUGCACUUUUUUAUCAAGUUUUUAAUGGUGCCAUCUACACAGCACAAUGGAAUGGUACACAGGCAAAACUUGACACCUUGUAUGAUUUCAUGCUGGUAGACAUGUGCUUAAGAUUUAGUUACUUAUCGAUCUGCCUUUGGGUGAUGUUGAUAUCAAGCUGUACUAUGAUCCUUUAUCUGCGGAAACACAUGAAGAGCAUGGAGGGAAACAGCAGCUCCUUUUCAUCUCCUCGUCGCCAGAGACAGAUGAGAGUGACAAUCACAGGCAUGAUUCAGACUUUCCUUUUCUUCCUUUGUUUAAUCUGGAUGAUAGUGAAAGAAUUGUUUAAUCUGGUUUAUGGACAAAAUAUUGAUUUUUAUGGCUAUAUUGGUUGCAUUGUAGUCUCUUUAUAUUCUUUUGGAACAACCAUUAACUUGUGUGUUGGCCAGACAAUAUUUCGUCAUCGUGGGUAUGAAGUAUGGCAAAAGUGCCUUCGAAUUGGUGUUUUCUUAUCUAAAUGAAACCGUGACAGUGCCUUUCUUAUAUCUUUCUUACAGUUGACUAUGUCAAGAGUCAAUGAGAAAUCAUGAGAGUUAAGUUAAUUCAACUAUAUUCAAAAUAUUUUCACUUGACUCUAGCAGUGUCCAUGUUGUCUAAUAUUAGAAAUAGAAAAGUGUAUGUAUGGAUGUUUAAUCACAAUUUAGUUUUCUUAGACAUAUUUGUAAUUCUGUUUCAUGGUAUGAUUUUAUAGAAUUAUGAACUGUUAAAUAGGAAAUGUUGGGAAAUUAUAAUAUCGAGGA